AUAUAUCUCAAAGGUAACACAUUACAACCUUAGCUUUCAUCAUCUCCUCAACUCUUCUCUUCUUCUUAAUUCUGUGUCAGAAUUUUGAGCUCUGAUACAAACUUUGAAGCUCAAGAACCUUAGCCUCAUUGCACUCUUAACAAGCCAAAAUUUUUUAUUCUGCUGCUUUAAACUUUGCUGUGGACAGAAUUUUCACACCCCUUUGGAAUUUUGGUCUUAAAUUUUCUUGGCAAUCUCGGUGACCAAGAUAACUGUGAAGAUAAGAUGAGCAUUGUGUAUAGUCAUGCUGUGAAGUAUUCCCCAGAAGUGACAAGGAUGAAGCCAGAAAUGGAUUCAAAUAUUGGUCAACACUGUCACCAACAAAAUUCUGGGCUAAUGAGGUACCGUUCUGCUCCAAGCUCAUUGCUCACAAGUCUUGUAAACAACACCAGCAACAACAACAACAUCAACAUUAACAACAACAUUGGUUGUGUCAAUGAUGAAACUUUCAGAAGUGACCAUAAUCAUCAUCAUCAGCAUCAGCAUCAUCAGCAGCAGCAGCAGAACUAUCCUCCCUCUACAAGUUCUGAAAUGGAGACCAUGUUGGCCAAGUUGAUUUCUUCCAAUGAUUCUGAGACUCUGCAAGAGUUUGGAGGGAAGCCGGUGAAGGAAGAAGCAGGUGACAGAGUUUCACAGCCACCACAACAACACAGUGGCUACUCUUUCGGUUCUUCACCUCAGAUAAUGUACCAAACUCAGCAAUUUCAAGGCUUUUCUAUGCCAAAUGGUUCUUUGAGACCUGCAGGGAAUGGUUUUGAUGGCUCAUUCAGUGCAGUGAAUUCCAUGGCUUCUCAGAAUUCCACACAAACCAAAAUGGUUUCUUCCACCAAUUGCUCCAAUCUCAUUAGGCAGAAGAGUUCCCCUGCAGGGUUUUUCUCCAAUUACUCAGUUGAUAACACAAUGAGAGAUGUGGCAAGUUUUAGGGGAUGUGAUGUAUCAAAUGGACAAGCUAUUACAUCCACUAGUGGAUUGCAUGGUACUUUGAACUUCUCUUCAAGGCCAUCAUCCUCUUGCUCCACCAGAAUGCCACAGAUUGCUGAAAAUGGAAAUGAGGGUGUGGAACCAAAUUGUGUUGAAAGCAGAAACCUGAGGAACAUGCCUAGUUUCACCCCUGAUUUCUGGGAUGGUUCUGCCAUCAGUGCCUCCAGAACAGCCAGUAACAACUGUGAAAUAUCAUUUUCCACUUCAAAUGCAAUGGAUAUUCAGGAUGAAGAUUUUGGAUAUCAGAAACUUGGUUUGACCCAUCAUUUGAGUCUUCCUAGCUCUUCUACCAGAAUGGCUGCUACCAUGGAGAAGUUAUACCAAACUCAAGGAAAUGUUCCAUGCAAAAUUCGUGCCAAGAGAGGUUUUGCCACUCACCCAAGAAGCAUUGCUGAAAGGGAAAGAAGAACAAGAAUCAGUGCAAGAAUCAAGAAAUUGCAAGACCUUUUCCCAGACAAGCAAACAAGCACAGCUGAUAUGUUGGAUUUGGCUGUUGAGUACAUCAAAGAUCUGCAGAAACAAGUUAAGAUUCUGGCUGACACUAGGGCAAAGUGCACUUGUACAAGUAACCAGAAGCAAUAAUAUUGUAGACCUUGUGUCUGAUCUAUGUCAUUGUAGAUAAAAGAAAGAAGGAGAUUCUUUUUUUGAGUUUAUCAUUUGGUGUACCAAAAUUUAGGGUCAGUGUGUGAUUAUGUAGAAUAGUGCUGAUAUCUUGUAGUAUCAAAAAAGUUAGGCUCAGCUCUAUGUGAAUCUCUUCAGUUUUGUUUUCCAUUUUCCCUCAUUGUUUCUUUCUUUCUUUCUUUCCAUUGUUUGAUUUAAGGAUCAUGAUGUAAUAGCAAGUUUAGAAAGAGUCACAGUAACUGUUCUUUCUACUUAUCA